AUGUCCGGACGUGGAAAAGGCGGCGCUGGCAAAGCUCGGUCCAAGGCCAAAUCUCGCUCGUCUCGGGCUGGACUGCAGUUCCCUGUCGGCCGGGUACACAGACUCCUUAGAAAGGGCAACUAUGCUGAGCGGGUGGGUGCCGGAGCCCCGGUCUAUCUGGCUGCUGUGCUCGAGUAUCUGACGGCCGAAAUUCUCGAAUUGGCCGGCAACGCGGCCCGGGACAAUAAGAAGACCCGCAUCAUCCCCCGGCACCUGCAGCUGGCCGUCCGCAACGACGAGGAGCUGAACAAGCUGCUGGGAGGGGUGACUAUCGCUCAGGGCGGUGUGUUACCCAAUAUCCAGGCCGUCCUGUUGCCCAAGAAAACCGGCGCUGCCAGUAAAGGCAAACAGAUUGUGACUGUGGAAAUGUCUGGACGUGGAAAAGGCGGCGCUGGCAAAGCUCGGUCCAAGGCCAAAUCUCGCUCGUCUCGGGCUGGACUACAGUUCCCGGUCGGCCGGGUUCACAGACUCCUAAGAAAGGGCAACUAUGCUGAGCGGGUGGGUGCCGGAGCCCCGGUCUAUCUGGCUGCUGUGCUCGAGUAUCUGACGGCCGAAAUCCUCGAAUUGGCCGGCAACGCGGCCCGGGACAAUAAGAAGACCCGCAUCAUCCCCCGGCACCUGCAGCUGGCCGUCCGCAACGACGAGGAGCUGAACAAGCUGCUGGGAGGGGUGACUAUCGCUCAGGGCGGUGUGUUACCCAACAUCCAGGCCGUCCUGUUGCCCAAGAAAACCGGCGCUGCCAGUAAGUGAAGCGACGUAAGCUGAAUCCAUUUACCCAAAGGCUCUUUUCAGAGCCACUCACAAUGUCUGUGGAAGGGCUGAGCGGCGGGUGUUUUCCGUCCCUUUGAUAUCCUGCAUCUGUCAGUGCCUCGACGUGUUUCUUCCGCGAAAGAAACCGGAAUAAAUCUGCACAGAAACCGGUUCGUUUCAGUCCCGACUCGUUUUCCCCUCUCAGCAGACUGAAUGCAGCAUUCUCCCCUUGCAGAGAGUCAGCGGGUUCCCUUGGCGCAGUGUGGUGAAAUGAACUUCCGGAGUCAGCCCCGGGAGGGAGAAUUUAAUCUCCGAUCACUGAACGACUCCGCUCUUCA